UGAGCAUAUUGAACCGGCUGAGUGCGGAGAACGCUGACGAGUUCAACUUUGUCCGCUCAUACGAGUGUUUCCAGCACAAAGGCCACACGUGUUUGGUGUUUGAAAUGCUCGAGCAGAACCUUUACGAUUUCCUGAAGCACAGUAAGUUCAGCCCACUGCCCCUGAGGCACAUCCGGCCCAUCCUGCAGCAGGUGGCCACGGCCCUGAUGAAGCUGAAGAGCCUGGGUCUCAUCCACGCUGAUCUGAAGCCUGAGAACAUCAUGCUGGUGGACCCCAUCCGACAGCCCUACAGGGUGAAGGUCAUCGACUUCGGGUCAGCCAGUCACGUCUCCAAAGCCGUCUGCUCCACUUACCUCCAGUCCCGCUACUACAGAGCCCCUGAGAUCAUCUUGGGUCUGCCUUUCUGUGAAGCCAUUGACAUGUGGUCAUUGGGUUGUGUGAUAGCAGAGCUCUUUCUGGGCUGGCCGUUAUAUCCAGGAGCUUCAGAAUAUGACCAGAUUCGGUACAUUUCUCAGACGCAGGGAUUGCCUCCUGAGUACCUCUUGAGUGCUGGCACAAAGACGAGCCGCUUCUUCAACAGAGGACCAGACUCCAGCUACCCACUGUGGAGGUUAAAAACCCCAUCGGAGCAUGAGGCAGAAAUGGGCGUCAAGUCAAAAGAAGCGAGAAAAUACAUCUUCAAUUGUUUGGAUGACAUGAUGCAGGUCAAUCUGCCGACUCAUUUAGAAGGAACUGACAUGUUGGCGGAGAAGGCGGACCGUCGGGAGUUAAUUGACCUGCUGAAGAGGAUGUUGAGGCUGGAUGCUGAUAAAAGAAUUACACCCACUAAGACCCUGGCACAUCCGUUUGUGACCAUGAGCCACCUGCUGAACUUCCCACACAGCUCACAUGUGAAGUCGUGCUUCCAGAACAUGGACAUCUGCAAGAGAAGGAACAGUAGCUUUGACAGUGGGAAAGCCCUGUUUGCUGCUAACGCUGUUCCUGGAGCUGCAGGAAACCUGACUGUGACCUUCAGCAGCCAGCUGAACCAGCACAGCCAGGUUCCAUCUGCUGGUGGAGCUGUUCCUCUCCUCAACUACCAACCAGCACUUUACCAGCAGGCCACCAUAAACAUCCCAGGCCUGGCCCAGCCCAGCAUCCCUCUGCAGACCCGUCCUACUCAGCUGUGUGCUCAGCCUGAACCUUUCCAGCAAACCCUCAUCGUCUGCCCCCCCACCACAAUCCAAGGGCUUCCAUCUUCUAAUAAAACCUCUAGCUAUCCUGUCCGGGUGGAGAACGGUGUUCCUGUUGUCCAGCAGAACCAGUCCACUCAGCCUCUUCAGAUUCAACCCAGCAUGCUGACGCAGCAGGCCUGGCCGUCUGGUACUCAACAGAUUCUCCUUCCGCCGGCUUGGCAGCAGCUCACACACACCUCCAUUCAACACGCCACCGUCAUCCCCGACUCCAUGACCAGCUCGCAGCCUCUGGCCAACUGGAGGAAUUCACAUCCCCAUGGCAGCCAUUACAAUCCCAUUAUGCAACAGCCAGCCUUACUGGCAGGUCACGUCGCCCUGCCAUCCCAGCAACCUCUCAAUGUGGGUGUUGCUCAUGUCAUGAGACAGCCAUCAAGCUCCUCCUCCAAAAAGAACAAGCAGCACCAGAUGAACAACAGGAACCUGUCAGCAUACGACGUGUCCUCCACCCAGCCGGUGACGUCACCUCAACGCUCCAAACGGGUGAAGGAGAAUACCCCUCCUCGGUGCGCCGUGGUUCAAAACGGCUCGUCCUCAACCUCCGGCCCAUCACAGACCUGCGGAGGUGGUGGAGGAGGAGGGUGGGGAGGCGAGCAGGCAUGUAGCACCACUCGAGACCACCACGGUCAACACAACCCACCGCGCCAAACCAUCGUCAUCCCUGACACCCCCAGCCCAGCCGUCAGCAUCAUCACCAUCAGCAGCGACACGGAUGAAGAGGACGACCUGAAACAGCCCAGUAACACCAGUACGUCAUCCAAACAGAGGAAGAAUGUCAUCAGCUGUGUGACGGUCCAUGACUCCCCUGACUCUGACUCCAGCAAUACCAGCCCGUACGCUGUGGAGUCCCGACCUAAUGGCCCCAAUGCCAACGGCUACGACUCCAAAGGCGCUGUCCUGGACAACUACAGCAACGGAAACCCCCGCACCAUCAUCAUCCCACCACUAAAGAGCCAGGCCAGCGAGAAUCUGGGAGAGUGUGACAGACUCCUGCCUGACAUGGUGAACCACCAGAACGCCACCUACAAGUUCAAAACCUCCAAUGGGGGCUUGUCUGGCAACAACCACUCUUUGGGAGGCGUGGCUGGAGGUGUGUCAUACAGGCAGCAACGCACAGGGCCACACCCCUUUCAGCAGCAGCCUCUAAAUCUUAGCCAGGCCCAGCAGCACAUGGCAGUUGAGCGCAGCGGAGGUCACCGGCGCCAGCAGGCUUACAUCACCCCCACUAUGGCCACCCAAGCUCAGUACUCCUUCCACAACAGCCCCACCCACACAGCUAACGUUCAUCCCCACCUGGCUGCUCCUCAUCUGCCCGGGCAGCCACACCUCUAUACCUACACUGCCCCCACGGCCCUGGGCUCCACCGGUACGGUGGCCCACCUGGUCGGGUCGCAGGGUUCGGCCCGUCACGCGGUCCAGCACGCUAGCUACCCGCCAGGCAUCGUCCACCAGGUGCCUGUUAGCAUGGGCCACCGUGUGCUGCCCUCGCCCACUCUGCACCACGGCCAGUACCAGGCCCAAUUCGCGCACCAGACCUACAUCAGUGCUUCUCCUGCCUCCACUGUCUACACUGGAUACCCGCUGAGCCCCACCAAGAUGAACCAGUACCCUUACCUCUAAAGCUGAAACACUGGAGCCCAGCCAAUCGCUGCUUACUAUUUCUACCCUUAUCCCACCUAGAGACAGAGAGACAUGCUGAAGCCUAUCGACCCUUAACCCCAUCCCCUUGUUCCUUUCAUGCUUAAACUUGAAGACAAUGAAGACGCCGAUGGAUAGAGGAAGUGUACACUCGGAGGGAACGGAAGGGUACUGAGGAGUCUUUUUUUGUUUUUGUUUUUUUUUUUUAAGAUGAGUUCGCCUUCUCAAAAGGGCCAGUUAACGUUUUAUUUUGUGAUCUGGAGGUUUUGUUUCUUUUAUAACAGAAGAAGGAGAUUUUGCUUUCGUAGUUUCUUUUACAACAAGGUCUCAUCAACAGGCCGUUUGGGAGAGACAGAGUUUAAUUCAAGGGAGAUUUUAUUUGCUUUUCCCUUUCUUGAAUUCAUUCACCGACUGUUGAGCCGAGGUCACGACCUGGAUGUUUUAAAUUCUUAGGAGAAUUUUUUUUUGGAUAAGGUGAAAUACGGAUAUCUGCUGCUCUUCAAAGAAAAAAAAACAUAACGAUGGCCUUGAACUGUCUUAAACGUUUCCAAAUUACAUGCGGCGAGCGGUAUCGUGCAUAUUCCGCCGCGAUCUCCGACAAAAAACACCUGGAGGAAUCUUCUGGAAAUAGGACGACAAAACUUUCUAGUGUAUUUAUAGACUUUUCUUUGUUUGUGUUCACAUUUAGAAAAGAAAAUGCGUUUGUCAUACCGUAGAACAUUAGCUGGGCCCCUCUUUGUAGAAUGUAGCAGUCUGCACCCGUUGAUUUCAUGAAGAACCUUUCUGAUACCAAUAGAUUCUUGUUUUUCCUCUUUUAAUGUGAUUGCACAAAGUGGUUACAAUAACAUAGGCAUGUUCAACACGGUAGUCGGUUGUGCGUUUGCGUGCAUGUGUGCGCUCAGCGCAUCUGUGCGACAUAUUCCUCCACAGUCUUAGGUUUAUCAUUGUUACCUCGUAGUGCCUUACAUAUAUUACGACAGUUUACUUGGCUGGAAACCCUCUAGAACCAGAUGCUAGUCAGAGAGUUGGCUCCUAGGUUGAACAUCUUCAUUCGAGCUGUUUCGUGUUUUUUUUUAAUUUCCAGGUAUAAGCGUUAGCCCUAAACGUUAUUUAAAUGCUUCUCGUUUAGUGUGCAUGAAGUCUUCUACAUUUAAAGAUAAAGAUACUUGCCUGGGGUAACGAACCAAAGUCGUCAUUUAAAGAUAAGUAACUUUUGUUCUAGAUAGUGGAUAUAAUUAUAUAUAGCGUAUUUACUGUACAUAUGCAUUUUAGUACUUGCAAUCAAUGCAACAUCACUGAUUUAGGCUACAUAUUUCAUAAAAGGGAGAUUAAAUGUAUAUCUGAUGGGAAAAGCCAAGUAUCGUUCAAUUGGUUUGAGAUCGGGCCGCACUAUUUGUCUAAAAUUCAAAUACCAGGUAAAAAAAAAAAAUACCAGGUUUGAGGAGGUUGUCUGUUUACGGAAGGCUUGACUUGGUUUAGAAACCUGGGAGGGUUUGAGAAGGAGAGUCUUGUUAGGAGUAGGAGGUGCUUGUGGAUUUUGAUAGGAACUGCUGGGAAAGCAAGAGGGCAAAUUCCACAUUUUUAUGAGAAUAGCAUGUUGGCUUUGAGCACGUUGGUAGAUGCCGAAGGAAGCCGUGCAGUACGACUGCACACCAUACUCUGAUUUAAGCGCUCGUUCGAGGUUCUACGAAGAUCUGUGGGGUUUUUAUUCUCACGUACACUCCGGGGUUCGAACUGCCCCUGGUUGCAUGAGGAUGUCUGCAACAACAUGCACCGGAAAACAAUACUGGCUUUGUAUUUUUCACUAUUUGUCUUACCGUAGGAAUCACUUAUGCUACAGGUGUCAGUCAGUACAGAGAUAACAAAAGUGUAGAAAACUGUGGGCCAAUGCUUGUCUUUUUUUGCUGCUUAUUUAACAUUGAUAUGCUAGCCAAUCAUUUACACAGUGUCCUAACCAUGUGCUCUGCAAUAACGCUAUUAAAAAAAAAACAAGAAAAAUUUAUAUCAGAUACCUUUCAAAUGUUUUGGGUAAAUUAAAUGUUUCUUUUUGUAAAGAAAUGAAUACUUUUGUUAAGUAAAGAUGCAUUAAAUUGACCAAAAGUGGCAAUAAAGACACACAGAGAUCAUGAUGAAAGACAUUUGUAUUUCAGAUAAAUGCUGUUCUUUUGAACAUUCUAUUUAUCAAAGAAUCUCGGAUAAAAAAGUUUUUUUCAGUUUCCACAAAAAUAUUAAGCAGAAAUAAUAAAUUAAUGUUUCUUAAGCACCAAA